AUGAUGAGAGAUUUAGGGGUAGCUUCCCCAGGAGACGGAAUAAACGGCAACCCAUCUCGACAUUCAUCGCGACAAGGUUCGAAUGAUCGGUUGUACCCAUCACUUUUUCCAUCAGACGAUGAAGAUGACGACCCGUACUAUUCAAAAGACAGUGACAGUGCUAGUGGAGCAUCUGUUACAAGUGAGGCACGCUCAACUCCCCCACCUGUCAGUCGCAGACGACACCUUUACCCUCAGAAUGAGUUUGUGAAUCACCUGAGACCUGAGGAGGUUCGGUGGUUUUAUAAACAAACAGGGGAAAAGGAAUGGAGACCAUUUAUUGGAUACGACUCUUUGAGAAUAGAAUGUAGAUUUCGUGCUAUGCAAAACAUACUUGAAGAAGAGAAGACAAUGUUUGAAAAAGAUAUCAUUACUGUCAGGGGCGGUCUAUAUGAAGUUAAUGUGGAUAUGAAAAAAUGUACCCCGAUUUAUUGGUCAGAGGAUGAGGCAGAAAUGAGGCGCGGCUUGUGGUUCUAUGACGAUUAUUGGCAGCCACUGGAUGAUGAGUCUGCUCUGGAGAUAGAAUCUGUACACAUUUCAAAGUACAUGGGACAUAAACUAGAUCAACCUCCACAAUCUAAAGGCAAGAAACAAGUCAUUCAGCGAAAGAAUUUUCAAGAAUUCUAUGUAGAUUGGAAUGCUGUAGAUGAGGUCUAUCUUUUCAGUGAGUCAGCUUCAUCUAAAAUUUUCAGAUCUGUGAGCAACAAGAUUGGAAUUCCAAAAGGAGGUAAGCGUCUGCGACGUGGCUACCGUUACGAGGCGGUGAUGGACGAUAAACCACCAGACAUCUCACAUUUGCUGUUUGUUAUUCAUGGUAUUGGGCAGAAAAUGGAGACAGGCAAUAUAAUAAGUCGCUGUCGUGAUCUUAGAAAUCAAGUGAAGUUAUUGAAACAGAAGCUGUUUCCAAACUUUGAUGAAUUAAAUCAGCGAGCUGAAUUUUUACCUGUGGAAUGGAGAACAAGGCUAAAGCUUGAUGGAGACACUGUAGAUUCUAUUACUCCACACAAGCUGCGAGGUAUCAGGACUGUUCUAAACAGUAGUGCCAUGGAUAUUCUCUACUACACUAGUCCUCUAUAUAGGUCUGAGAUAACACACAGUUUACAGAACGAGCUCAACAGGCUUUAUGAGAUGUUUUGUAGAAGAAAUCCAUACUUCCUCGCUAAUGGAGGAAAAGUGUCUAUCAUUGCUCAUUCCUUAGGUUCUGUGAUAACAUAUGACAUCAUUACUGGUUGGAACCCCAUACAGAUGUAUGACCAGUUUGUUACUUCUGUGAUCAAAACUGAGGAACAAACCGCCAGCUCAUCAUCGGAGAUACGAGAUGAACUCAAAGAAGCAAAAAGAAGAGUCAAUGACCUGGAAUCACUGCUAAUGACAGUCCAUGAGAAACAAAAGACUGAGACAACUCUAAACUUCCAGUUGGAAAACUUGUUCUGCCUGGGAUCACCAUUAGCGGUCUUCCUGGCUCUCAGAGGAGUUCGGCCAAAAGGGAAAGGUACAUUGGAUCACAUUCUUCCUAGCUCAGCCUGUAAACGCCUCUACAACAUUUACCAUCCUUACGACCCUGUGGCAUACAGACUAGAACCUCUAAUUCUGAAGCACUACUCCACCAUUGCACCGCUGUGUAUCCACAAACAUGAUGCAGGAAAUAAGCAGCCUUAUUGUCAGAUGAAGACAGAAGCAUAUGCUGCCUUCCAGGGUUCAAGUGAGAGACUGAGUGAGCGGAGUGACCACUCAGACAGAGAUUAUGUCGAUGGCACAGAGAUGGCAUCUAAUAGCAGUCGGGACAAUUCUCCUUCUCGCAACCAAGGUUUAACUUCAUUCUUGAGUGGUAUCUUCACAAAGAAGAGUGAAGUCAACCUUGCUGCAGAACUGAAGAGCAUCAAGAGGUUGGAGAAGGAUGCUGCUGCAAUAGAAAAGUCUCUCAAGUCAGAUAGAAUGGAAGAAGACAUAGACCAAACAGAUUUGGAGUACCGUAUUGAUUUCCAGCUGAGAGAAGGUGGAUUUGUUAGUAGUUAUCUUUCUUUGCUGACCUCUCACACAUCCUACUGGAAGGACAGUGAUGUAGCGUACUUUCUGUUGACUCAUCUUCAUCCUGCUCUGGAGAGGUCCUGACAGAUGAUCAAGGGCAAUUACUGAGACAUAGACUCAUCUUCAUCCCAUGCAUGAGGAAACAGAGGACUAAAGACAAUGUGCUUACCAUAAUGAGUCAUAGAUGCAUCUUCAUCCUGCCCUGGAGAUGUCCUGACAGAGGACCU